CCGGUUUGGCCGCUCGUGCCUUUUUGGGAGAGGCCCCUCCCGGUGACGUCAUUGCCAUGGCUGAAGAGCCAUGACGUCACCUGAUUAGAUUUCUUCUCUUCUCCUCCCCCCCAUACCCCACUCUGCGCAGGGGGCGGGACCUCCGGGAGCUGACCGCCCCUGGACUGAGCCGGGCGCCGGCUGUUUAUCCGCUGCGAGCGUUGCGGCCCGGGGUCGACCAGGGCGUGGCUAGCGCGGAACCCCGGGGUUCCUGCCAGCCCCAACCAUGCCUCCACCGAGGGGUGAUGUGACUGCCUUAUUCCUGGGUCCUCCGGGUUCGGGAAAGUCGGAGCUCAUCGCUGCGCUCCGGGAGGCUCCAGAGGCCUGGCAUGAAGAUGCUCGCGUCUCUGCCCUCUACCCUGCGGGACCUGGUCUCUUCCUGGGCGAGCUGAGCUGCCCUCCGGCAGCGCCCGAACCCUGGGCAGCCGAGGCUGAUGUGCUUGUGCUGGUGUGGGGGCCCCGGAGCGGAAAUGGGGUUGAGGAAGAGGAUGGGUCUCUGCCCGAGGGGUUAGGGGCAGCUGGGCGGGCAGCCCUGGCCCGUGGGGCACCCCUGCUAGCAGUGUGGAGCCGAGGUCCCAGGAAUAGGAACGCCGGGAGCCCGGAGCAACCUGAAGACCUGGAGCAGGAAAGGGUGAAGGCGGCCGCCCAGCUGGCUGCUGCCGGGCUGGGGGCGGCGCCACUUUAUGUACUGAGUCGGCCUGGACCCCAAGGAACUGACCUGACCAGACUUAGAGAGGCGCUACGUGACCGAGGGGCGGCACUGGAGAGGCUGCUGCCUCCUGCCCAGGAAGGUUUCGAGGUCGUGGGAGGGGCCGAGCUAGAAGCGGUGCGCGAGGCUUUUGAGGCAGGUGGCCUGGAGGCUGCGAUGACCUGGCUUCGCUCGGGCCUCGAGCGCCUGGGCAGCGCCCGGGUGGACUUGGGUGUGGCCGGUCCAGAAGCCCCCAUAGUCAUAGGCUCCCUUCUUGGGCAGGACCCCGAACCCACUCCCUCCUCCCCAGGGCCAGCCCCCUAUCCUGCCCCAGAGAGGCCCAAUGUGGUCCUUUGGGCACUGCUUGACGACGCCGACGCCGACGCCGACCCCGCCCGCAGCCCUGACCCCGGGCCAGCUCACUACGAUGCCCUGGUCCUGGUGGUUCCUGGACCCCCGACGCCAGUCGCUGUAGCCCGUGGGAGGGCGCUGGCGGGCCCUGUCACGCCCCUCUUCUUCGUGAGGACUGACGGCGAAGGCGAAGAUCCCGAACCAGAAGAGAAUGAAGGGAAAUCUGGUCGAGGGGAUGGGGAGGACAAAGAAAAAGGUAGAAAGGACAGAAAGAAAUGUGAUGAUGGGAAGAAUUCGGGCAGCGGGAAUACAUCGCCAGAUGGAGACCAGAAAUCAGGCGGUGAAUCUGGAGAGCACGAGAUAAAAUCGGGCGGUGGGGAUGGGGAGGAAGAGGGCUGGGAGGUUCUGAGCACGGAGGAUGCAGGGGACGCGCCGCCGCCUGUCUUCCCCCUGCGUCCCGGGGGCCUCCCGGGCCUGGCGGCUGCGCUGCAACGAGCCCUGACCCCAGCCCAGGGGACAGCUCUGCUGCUCGCGCUGCCUCCCGCGUCUGCUCGGGCAGCGCGCGCCAAGGCCGACGCGCUGCGGGAUGGAGCGUGGCGCGCAGCGCUGCUGGCCAGUGUGGCCGCCGCUGCGUCCCCGGCCCCGGGGCUGGGACACGCGUGCGACGUGGCGCUGCUGCGGGGUCAACUGGCGGGCUACCGGCGCGCUCUGGGGCUCGAGGCGGCCGCAGUGGCCCGCCGGGAGCUCGCCCUGGGGCUGGAGCCUGGGACUCUGGUGGGGCGCGAGCGCUCUCGACUGGCGCUGAAUGGAGCGGCCCGUGGAGAGGUGGAGGCGCGCUUGAGGGGCUGGGCCGGCGAAGGAACCGCGGGCGGUGCGGCCCUGGGCGCCCUCUCCUUCCUGUGGCCGGCGGGCGGCGCGGCGGCAACCGGGGGCCUCGGGUACCGCGCGGCCCACGGCGUGCUCCUGGCGGCUCUGGACGAGCUGCAGGCCGAUGCUGAGGCCGUGCUGGGCCCGGGCCCAGACCCUGAGUAAAGACGGCCUGCUAGAAAUCCUGGGGUGGAUGGGGGAGAAGGACACCUGGAUGUUCCGGGAUCUUGGAUCCCUGGUGCUGACCGGGGACCGGCUGGGCGAUCUGGAUGCCUGGGUCUUUGAGUGGGUGGAGAUCACAAUGCCGGCCUUCAUCCAAGAUCGGGAUACAAGAUGGGGCUGGGGAAAAUGAUGCUACCUGGGUCUUGGGAUGGGGAGACCCAGCCGGCGCAGAGAUCGAGGGACAAUGAUGAGACUGAAAUGGAAGAGAGAAGGGAAGAAUCCAGGUGCUUGGGGUGCUCUCAUCUUGGGACUGCCUCUCUCUCAUUUGUUUUUCUUGGGUCUGCGGUGUGGUAUAGUGGGAAUACAGGGUCUGGGGAUAGCUGUGGACCAGCAGUUGCCUUUAUUUAUGCAUUUAGCCAGUUUCGUCUCUGCCCUCCAACCUCCCAGUCGCGAGUUGACCGGGGGUGGGGGGGGGAGGAAUCCUAUCAGGGUGACUCCGUAAAGAUUGUGUCUCCACCGGAAAGGGGAAGAAAUGGGCACCGUCCCUAGAUGUUGGCCACCUUGGGGAGCCUGCACGCCCCUACCUGAAGCUCUGCCUCUGCCAGGCCUCCACAAAUACUCUGGCCAUGGAGGGAUCACCAGCUUUGGGCUUCUAAAAUCAGACUGUCACAGUCGGAAAGAACCUAAGAAGCCACCUAGUCGGACCUGUACUUGGACAGGAAUUCUUUCCAUUUCUUUCCCUGGGAGAGCACCAUUGAUGGAGAACUCAUUACUUACCCGUGACAAUCCAUUGUAUUCUUAGGUAGCAGGGGGUCUUGAUCAUGAAUUUGUUGCGUUUUUAAUAAAUAUUUUGAUAACAUUUCAAA